AUGUUUUCCAUAUCAAGCCUGACGUGUGUGCUGCUGCUGCAUCUCAUCACCCGCGCUAUUGCGGUGUUCGACAUGUCAUCAAACCAGAAUCUGGCUGUGUACUGGGGUCAGAACUCGUAUGGAGCCGUGAAUUCCGCCGAUACUGCACAUUGGCAGCAGACGAUCUCUUACUAUUGCAAUGUUGGCCCUAUUCCCAUAUUAUAUUGGAAAAUUAACCUCAACUCUUUAUCGCAGGACAACGUGAUCAACACCUUUCCCGUAGCCUUCCUAGACGAGUUUUACUCGACUGGCAAUCUCCCGUCCAUCAACCUUGCAAACGCAAGGACGAACCUCCCCAAUUGCUCGUUCCUCGCAUCAAGUAUUGAGACUUGUCAAGCUGCAGGAAAAAUCGUCACGAUCUCGUUGGGAGGAGCGACAGGUUCUAACGGCUUUGCAAAUGACACUCAAGCAGCAGCAUAUGCCCAGACUAUCUGGGAUCUUUUCCUGGGAGGUUCAAGUACCACGCGUCCUUUCGGCAUUGAUAUGGACAUCGAAGGUGGCUCUCAGACUGGAUUUGUAUCCUUUUUGAGUGCUCUUCGCAACUUGAUGAAUGGUGGCAGUAAACCGUACUACAUCACUGCGGCGCCUCAAUGUCCUUACCCCGAUGCCUACAUUGGUGCUACUCUGAACUCGUUUGGAUUUGACGCUGUAUAUGUCCAGUUUUAUAACAACUAUUGCGGUUUGACGAAUUACAACAACCCGAAUGCCUGGGACUUUGGCACAUGGGAUAACUGGGCAAAGACGGUAUCCCCUAAUCCAAAUGUCAAAGUAUACAUUGGUGCCCCAGCAUCAUCGAGUGCAGCUGGAUCCGGAUAUGUCAGCCCAUCGACGUUUACCACGAUCAUCCAGCAAACAAUGGCCCAAUAUUCAUCCUUCGGAGGCGUCAUGUUGUGGGACGCGUCUCAGGCGUACGGUAAAGCGGUUAUGCACUGCUUCUAUGCACUUGUGACUUAUUUUGCGCCUUCAGCGAAUAGCAGAUACGAUAUAUCUGUAAAGAAUGCACUGACAGGCGGUACUGCCCCUCCGCCGACGACUACGACUACGGCCACAUCGACUACGACCACAUCGACUACGACUACAACGACUACUACCACGACGAGCACGACGAGCACCAGCAAAACGAGCACGACUAGCACAAGCACAACAUCAAGUCCUUCUCCCACAACAACGUCGGGGACUGUAUCCUGCGCCGGUGUGGCAGCAUGGCAAACCGGUGUUGCUUAUGUUGGAGGCAACGAAGUCACAUAUAGCGGGGACCUCUGGACUGCGAAGUGGUGGUCGGAGAAUGAUGUUCCGGGCGGCGCGGCUGGUGACUGGACGUACGAUGGCGUGUGCGCAUGA